CUCCAUUUCAAACCUCACUCCAAAUCCCUCUGUUUCUCUCUUACCCAACUAAAUACAAACUCAAAUUCUCCAACAUUUCCUCUCUCUUCUAAAUUCUUCCAUUUUCUCAUCUCUUCUUUAACUUUACAUUAUAUCCAUUAAAUGGCUACACAAAUUUCAUUUCUAUUAUAUCUUCUCCCAAUCCUAAUUUCAGUUUCAGGAGUAUUUUCCACCACUUUCAGCAUAGUAAACCAAUGUGAUUACACAGUUUGGCCAGGAAUUCUCUCAAACGCCGGAGUUCCACCACUUCCCAUCACCGGCUUCGUCCUCGCCGCCGGCGAGUCCAAAACAAUCUCUGCUCCAGCAUCUUGGGGUGGCCGAUUCUGGGGCCGAACCCACUGUUCACAAGACUCCACCGGAAAAUUCUCUUGCCUCACUGGAGAUUGCGGCUCCGACAAGGUCGAAUGCAGCGGAAACGGCGCGAAGCCACCGGCAACUCUGGCGGAGUUCACCCUCGACGGCUCCAAUGGGUUGGAUUUCUUCGACGUGAGUUUGGUCGACGGUUAUAAUAUCCCUAUGCUAGUGGUCCCACAAGGCGGCACCGGUGAGAAAUGCGUGAGCACGGGAUGCGUUGUGGAUUUGAACGGCGCGUGUCCUCCAGAGCUCAAGGUUAUGAGUGUUGACGGCGGAGAUAACGUCGCGUGUAAAAGCGCGUGUGAAGCGUUUAACCAGCCGCAGUUUUGUUGUAGUGGCGAGUACGCGACUCCCGAUACUUGCAAACCUUCUCAAUACUCGCAAGUGUUUAAAAACGCGUGCCCACGCGCUUAUAGCUACGCUUACGAUGAUAAAACCAGCACGUUUACAUGUGCCGACGCUGAUUAUAUUAUUACAUUCUGCCCAUCACCCAACACUAGUCAGAAAUCAACGGACAAUCACAACACAAACACGCCGGCGAUCAACGGCGGCAACGGGGGCAACGGUACAAUGGUUUACGAAGGGGCCGAGUAUGAUUUAAGCGGCGCGUCGAGAACCACGCUCCGCCGUAUUCUUGGAGUGGUCGUUGCCACGGUGGCAAUUCUUCAAAUUCGGCAACUCUUUUGACCGACUGUAGUGGUGGAGGGAUUUUCGGCCCAUUGUUGCCUGGGAGUAUCGUGUCACAUGUGGAGCCCACAGCUUUGAGUUUUGAUUCGUUGAAUUGCAUGAUGGGCCAAGUGGGUGGGCCGGGCCCCAUAUUAAAGGCCCAGGUGAUGUGGAUGUGAGUCAUGAUUGAAAAGGCUCAACCGCACACGUUAAUAGGGGAAGCCAACCAAUCCACCCACCUUCUAGGCGAAAGCUGACAGAGAAGACAGAAUUUUUAUAUAUUUAGGGAAUUCUUUUUCAGAUUAUGUUACAAUUCUUUAUAAUUAGUUAAAGAAGAAACAAAAUAAUGAUAUUGGGAUUCAUUUGUUGGUAUUGGGGGACAGAAUUCAAUAUUGUUAAAUUAAGUUUACUCUUAAUUAUGGUUUAUGUCACAUUCUAUUAGUGCUGUAAAAAUACAUAAAACCGAAAUUGAUGAUUUCAGUCGUCGUAUCACAGCUAAUGAUUUGGAUAAUA